AUGACAGUUGCUACUGGAGAUCCUGCAGAUGAAGCUGCAGCUCUUCCCGGUCACCCGCAGGACACGUACAACCCUGAGACCGACCAUGAGUGCUGUGAGAGGGUGGUCAUUAACAUCUCGGGGCUGCGCUUCGAGACGCAGCUCAAGACACUUGCCCAGUUUCCAGAGACCUUGCUAGGGGAUCCUAAAAAGAGGAUGAGAUAUUUCGACCCUCUCCGGAACGAGUAUUUCUUUGACCGGAACAGACCCAGCUUCGAUGCCAUUUUGUACUAUUACCAGUCCGGGGGCAGGUUGCGGCGGCCGGUUAACGUGCCCUUGGACAUCUUCUCCGAAGAGAUCCGCUUCUAUGAACUGGGGGAAGAGGCCAUGGAGAUGUUCCGGGAGGAUGAAGGCUACAUCAAGGAAGAGGAGAGGCCGCUGCCUGAGAACGAGUUUCAGAGACAAGUGUGGUUGCUCUUUGAGUACCCCGAGAGCUCAGGCCCUGCCAGGAUUAUAGCUAUUGUCUCUGUCAUGGUGAUUUUAAUCUCCAUCGUCAGCUUUUGCCUGGAAACGUUGCCCAUUUUUCGGGAUGAGAAUGAAGACAUGCACGGUAGCGGGCUGAGCCAUCCCCCCUACUCCAACAGCAGCAUGGGGUACCAGCAGUCCACUUCUUUCACAGACCCCUUCUUCAUCGUGGAGACACUUUGCAUCAUCUGGUUCUCCUUCGAGUUCUUGGUGAGGUUUUUCGCCUGCCCCAGCAAGGCUGGUUUUUUUACCAACAUCAUGAACAUUAUAGACAUUGUAGCCAUCAUUCCCUAUUUCAUCACCUUAGGGACAGAGCUGGCUGAGAAGCCAGAGGAUGGUCAGCAGGGCCAGCAAGCCAUGUCCUUGGCCAUCCUCAGAGUCAUCCGCUUGGUGCGGGUCUUCAGGAUCUUCAAGCUCUCCCGGCACUCCAAAGGGUUGCAGAUCCUGGGACAGACUCUCAAGGCCAGCAUGCGGGAGCUGGGCCUCUUGAUAUUUUUCCUCUUCAUCGGCGUCAUCCUCUUCUCCAGCGCCGUCUACUUUGCCGAGGCCGACGAGAGCGAGUCCCAGUUCCCGAGCAUCCCCGAUGCCUUCUGGUGGGCUGUGGUUUCCAUGACGACUGUUGGCUACGGAGACAUGGUCCCCACCACCAUCGGGGGGAAAAUAGUGGGUUCCUUGUGUGCCAUCGCUGGCGUAUUAACGAUUGCCUUACCAGUGCCCGUCAUAGUGUCUAACUUCAAUUACUUCUACCACCGGGAGACCGAGGGAGAGGAGCAGGCUCAAUAUUUGCAAGUAACCAGCUGCCCAAAGAUCCCCUCUUCCCCUGACCUAAAGAAAAGCAGAAGUGCCUCUACUAUUAGUAAGUCUGAUUAUAUGGAGAUCCAGGAAGGUGUAAACAAUAGCAAUGAGGAUUUUAGGGAGGAGAACUUGAAGACAGCCAAUUGCACCCUAGCUAACACAAACUAUGUGAAUAUCACCAAAAUGCUAACCGAUGUCUAG